CGUGUUCGUGUAGUAUUAUGGAAACUUUUUCCCAACAGCAAGAAAAGAUAUGACAAACAAGAGCGUCGUUCGCGGCAAGCUCUCCAAAAAAAAACAAGAAGCUUCUGUGGAUACUCAAUCUUUUUGAAUAAGUACUUGAAGUCUACUGUUGAGAUGGUGCUAAACGAAGUGAAAAUGAUUCCUCAGGACCCGGUUGAGCAGUGGUCGCGGCGGAGGUUCAUGUACCACUGUGAAAACGUCGUCCGCAAUUCCGUACAUCUAACCAAGAGCGGAUUGGCUUUCUUAUUCUUUGGCGAUGACUGUAAAGCCUCUUUGUGGCAAGCAGAUUUAGUCGGUGUCGUCGACUGCGUCAAUUCCAAAAUUUUAUUAGAACAACUUUACAUGGUACUUGAGAAAGAAAAUUUCUGUGCUCGACACGCUCACGCAUCAAGCAAGAGAAGCUUGUUCUUGGUUAUGAUUACGGAUCUGGGCGGUUUUCCCACAGGAUGUUAUUCCCAACCAGCCGGACGAGUCGCACGCGGGCCUGGAGUCUUUCAACGACGCGGCAAAGUCAUUCAAUGGGCUGCGGUAUCAACUGCAAAUAGUUCUGGGUCUGGAAAAGUGCAGAUUGUUGCCAUGCUGUUAUUGGACGAUCAAGCAUGCAAACCACAGCUUCCCUUGCUUUGCGAAGGCUCUUGCGUUGCUAGGGCGACAAAAGCUGGAUCGCUCUUGCUGCUCAUGCGAGACAGAUUUCAGUUUCAUCUCGACAGAGACAGCAUUGAUUCGAAAGUUGCGGUCUUCCAGAGGACCGAGAGCUAUUUGCAAUGCAUAUACCCACCACGCGGCGGGGUUCCGGCGGUGGCGGGAUGGGCGACCUGCAGCAUGGGGAGUGGACGGACUACAUGUUGCAGCGCGACAAUGUCGUUGAAUACGAUCCCUUCAAGGAAAUUCCGGGAUUUGGAAAGGUGGUGCGACAGCAGCAACGGACGAAAAACGAUGCGAGCACGGGACCGGAGGUAGAGAAUAUGGCUUUAGUGUCGCCCUCGAGUAGAACAAGAGGCGUCGUAGGUUAGGGAGGAAAACCGGGGGGACCGUGGUGAAUCUUUAGAAUUUUUCUGGCGCUCUCAUCCGGCCGGCCGAUCAGAUUGCGCAAGCUCUUGCAAUAUGCGGGGCUUCACAGCUUCGCACCGCGUGCGCCCUGCGCCCUCGCUGUCUGGCGGCGCGUGUGGUCCGUAAUAGGGAGCGUCGGGGACUGGUGGCGAAUGAAUGGAGGGCCCCGGUCUGGCCACCUCGCCACCGGGCCCCACAUGCGACUACUUGAUUUGGAAGCGGAGGAGCGGGCCGAGUGGCCGGGGGGGAGCUCGGCGGGAGAGAGCGACGCACCAUUUCGCGCUUCCGCUCGCGCGCGCUUCCUUGAGGCGGGCGGCCAGUUCGUCGCCGACGCCGAGUCCUCCCAGACUGGCCCGGGCGGCGCAACCCGGGCCAACCUGCGAGAACCCGGCAUAGGCCGCGCCGGAAUGUGUCGGCCGGGUCUGGGACUAAUCUGGCGCAAAUCUUUCACCUCGCACCGCUGUAAUUCCGGCCGCUUCGGGGUCAAAUCUGGCGAAAGUGUGCGGCUUCCAGAUUUGGGCCAGAUCGGGCCCCAGAUUUGCCCCCAUCCGGGGGGCCAAUCUGGGCAAAAUCUGGCGAAAAUCUUUCACGUCGCACCGCUGUAAAUCUGGCCGCAUCGGGUUCAAAUCUGGGAAAAAUCUGGAAAAAUUAUUUGGCCCCAGAAAUGUCCCAGGUCGGACCCUUUCGGCAGUCCUUUCAAGCAAAGUCGCCGCCGGGCCCCCAGAGGGCCCCGCGCCAUGGCGACAUGUAUUGGGGCCACCCUUGACGGCAUUGUCUUCGCCACCAGCUGCUCCCGUGGCGGACGGCCACUGGCUGCCGGGCACUUCGCGCUCCUUGCCCCGGGGGCCACCAAUGGACUCGCGCGCGCCCGUCAACCCUUAGCCGCGGGCGUGGAAAGCUUGGCGGCCACUCCAGGCAUUUUGUGAUUUGCUGUGCUGGGGGUUGCGGCAUAACUUGCGCCCCGGCGCUGCGAUCGCGGCGCGUGCCGCCUCCAUAGGCACAAAGAAGACGGGUUGCGGAGGUGCCCUCGGCCGUUGCUAGGAUGGGUGCCCAACCUGCUGAAGGCGAGAGGGGCGAAGGGGGAUGGCGCAAAUAGCACCAUGGCCGCUCUGCAAUAUCUGGAGGGCAAGUUGCCAGCCCGGAAAGCAGGAAAGCCGCAAUGAGGAUUGGCCCGGGGCGGAUGAGAAGGCCGGAAAAAUUUUAAAGAUUCACCACGGUCCCCCCGGUUUUCCUCCCUAAGUAGGCGUUAGCGUUAUAAUCUAUCAGCUUGUUCGUCAAUGAUUUCGUUUUAGCUAUACGUUUGAUGUUUUCAUCUGAUCGGCUGCAGCGUGACUAGAAAAAUGAAAAAAAAAACCUGGAAAUAAAGAUUACUGCUUUACGAAACUACUCCCAGCGAGCGCACACGCGGGAGGAGGUCGAGGAGCGGAAGGGCUACGAAUCGCGCGAGGUGCUGAACUAUCAAAUGCAAAAAUGUCUGGGUCUGGAAGGUUGGAACUUGUGAUGCUAGCUUUGGACUCUAAAAAAGUCUGCAUUGCAUGACCAGCAAGAGGAGUCUAUUUUGUGCUACGCGGGGAGGGCAUUUGUCAUGCGGAGUAGACAUCGGGAAGCCAUCUAAAAAUCUGCGAUGCUAGGGCAUGCAUUACAGACGUCCUGGGUCAUGCAAAACAUGCAUGACAAGUCUCAGAACCUUCCAGACCCAGACACUUUUGCAUUUUAUAUGAACUGGGGCAAAGACUGGACGGCGAUCAACCAGAGUCCGGAGCUAUUGUGAGGAAAAAUCCCCCCUCCCCAUAUCGAGAAGGAAAUUUGUGAUGUUGGGCAUGGCGGUAGAACAAGUUUUCACGCAGCGGUGAGCAUGCACCCACGGUGCGUUGCGUGUGGGCCGAAACUUGUUCUAUGCGAGCACCUACGUAGACCCCCAGGCCCUUUACUUACCUCAGGUCGGGCAUGCCUGUUCUCGGUCCUCGUAGGACCCCGUGUGGCUGUAGGCGUCCCGUUGCCGCUGGCUGGUUUAGUUGGUUCGUUCGUUCGUAUCGUACCGUGACGUUCGUCUCUGAUGUUUUUCUCCAUACGAAAUAUUUUCAAAUGUAUGAUAAGUAGGCCUCCUGUGUGUAUCUCUCUAGACAGGGCACCACCUGCGGUUGUCCUUUAGGGCGUUCGAGUCUAGUUAAAACUUACUGCGCGUAAAUCUUUCAUUUUGUGCAGGCUCUUGGUGGCUGCUUCCACCGCGGGAGAGUAUAAUAACACAAAACAUAAGUCAUUGGCCACUGGGUCGCUGUGACGCCGUGCCUGCGCGCACCAUCAGAAGUGCGCUGGUGCCAAUCGCUUUUCCACAUGUGCCAUCAGAAGUGCAUCGAAUCGCGAGGGUCGUGGGUGAAUGAAUGAGUCCUUCCCUGUCACGCGUCCGUCAUGCUGUUGUUCCCCUUCCCCUCCAGAGGACAUGAUCUUUUAGACUAAGGCCAAAGCGGGUCGACGCCACCGUUGGCUGCCGGCCUACGCGACCUCCUCUUCGUCCUCGCCGACAGUUCACCGGUACCAACGAGGCACAGAUGCACGAUUGCCGCGGCGAGGGGCGGUCGGGGGCGAGACGGAAAGUAUCCAAAUAAGAUGAUAGAUCCGGGCUCCCAGCAACAACCACGUGCGCCCGCACAGGGGAGGGGGAAAAUAUUGCCAAAGGGAACAAAAGAAGGCCACCCGGCCGGCCUGUGGUGCCCGCUGGGUACCGAGGAGCCCAGCACGAUGGGCACACCUAUGCGUGCCCCCUAGCCCGGUCACAGGUUGUAUCAAAAUAGGCAUGCAAAUCCUCACCCUAGGAUGAGAUCGCCCCCAUUGGUUCCAAAUUCCGAUGAUGAUCGGCCCCAUUGAUUCCUGCGCCGGAUUCGCACCUGACCCAUUAGCGUUCGUUAACCCCCGGGCUUCUAGUCGGGCUCUUGACCUCCGGGUCUUCUCGAUUGGCUCUUGCCCGGGUGGGCUUCGUGCAAACGUGUGCGCGUUGUUUCUCUAGCGUGAAAAGUCGGGCCCGCACGCCGGCCGCGUUUAAGGCUGGCGCAUCGUAGAAUGAGAUCGCCUGCACGCACCACCAGAAGUGCGUUGGUGCGACUUGUUUUUCUCUCGUGCACCAUCAGAAGUGCACUGAAUCGCGAGGGUAUGAUGAUGAAUGGCUUGGACUCCAAACCUCGAGUUAGGUGCCACGCCCCCGGCCCUUCGGCUUCGCGGCUGAGGGGUUGGGUUUCGUUGUGACGGAAAGUAUAGUCUUUGCACAGCAACGUGAAUCCGAUUUACUUGCUGCUGCUGUGUAUGUUUUGUAUGACAUGCUACCAAGUAUGUCUUUGCCUUUCGUGAAAAUGUGUGAUGAUUUGUAUGGUUGCCUGCGCUUCGUUGCUACUGCACUUCCUUCGUUAGUACCUGUUUCCUCGUAUGGAGCUAGAUCGCAAAUUCGUACGCUCCUCAUUCCGAAAAGUCCGAUCUUCCCUGCCUUCCCCUCAUGCCCACGUAGAUGUAGGUCGCUACCCUUUUACUUCCUCUCUGCCGUGUAGUUUUGUCUUCUUAUUUGUUUCAUCCUUGUACUAGCGCUAGUUCGCGGAACCCGCUUCCUCGCAGGGGCAGCUGUUUUUUUUUCCGCCUUGCCAGCGGGUUUGUUUGGGGGGAUACGACAGUAUCGGCGUCGGGGGAAAUCGCCGAUGGGAUACGACCGCAGUGUGACAAGCCAGGCGGGGAAAAUAGUGAAGCUUCGGGUCUCGCAGCUCCACUUCUCCGUCUUACUUCCGUCUUCGUCCAGCUUCCUCUUCUUUCUUCUUCCGCCUUUUUCCGCUGGGGUUCGUCUUUGCAUGACAUCGAGGGACUAAGGGCGUAAUAGCUUAACUUUAUUGGUUUACGUAACCGGGGGCGGUGUGUCGUCUGCGGCGGAUGAUGACAGUGUACGCAUUCAAUGAACUUCAUGGCUUUUGGGGCUGCUUCCCCUUAGGUCUAGCAUCACCUGACCCAAGGCACUGAUCCGCUAAACGCGCACUGUAUGCCUCGCCCGCUCGGGGAUAGCGUAGCUCUAGACAGUGUCCUGGCUGCGGGGUGCUCGGCGAUUCGCGCCGUACAUAGUUUUGCGGUGCGUAAGUCUUUCACUUUGCAUCGACUCUUGGUGGCUGCUUCCCACCGGCGGAGAGUAUAAAGAUGUAAAACGUGAGCUGUUGCUCAUUGGAGCAUAAUGCUUGCGCAGCGCCUGCACGCACCAUCAGCAUCAGAAGUGCGUUGGUGCGACUUGCUUUUCUCUCGUGCACCAUCAGAAGUGCACUGAAUCGCGAGGGUAGUGAAUGAAUGAAUGGCUUAUCGGUUUUAAGUAAGGCAUGAAGCCAGUCGGGACGAACAGCCCGUAGAUCUCCGAUGUGAUGCUGAUAGAUUUGUGGCCACAAAUCAGCCGUGUUUUGCAAAUGGGGCAAGUGAGAGCCGUUUGUCGCAUUCCACUGUCGAUCUGUGAUGCGCUUUUGCAUACUGCAAAGAUGUCUGCCAUGCCUACCUGCUAGCCUGUUGCAUACCCAAUCAGGCUUAGGAAGUGCCUCCAAGCGCCUUCAGCAAUACAGCGGUGAUUUGUGUACAGAAAUCCAGCAACAGAAAUUUCCUCGUUUCUAUGGGGUAAGGGCUUUUUUCUGUUUGAUAGGAGCGGUUGCCGAACUACCGCCGGGGCGCCGAACUGCCGCCCUGGGUGCCGGAGCGGCAACAGAGCUCGGACGACAUCCACGCCGGUGUAUCCCAUGAAAAAACUGUUUCACUGUGAUGGUUUUGCAAGAUGUGCAUCUGCACAAGUUUGCUACACAUGACACAGAAAAUUUGCCAUGCGCGUUUCCCAAGGGAAAACAGGCCUAAAAAUCCAUUGUGUUGCAGGUGUAGCAAGACAAACACUAUGGUGCUUCGUUCUCUGCAUCACAAGUUCACAGUGAAGCAGUUUUUUAUUGCGAUACGGUGAGGACGCGGAGUACUACCGACGGAUGUCCAAAUCCAAGAAGCACUUCACCGGCACGAAAUCCAGCAACCGCAGCCACCCGGACAAGUUAUUUCACCACAGCCGGCCCUCCACGGAGGCGGACGAGUGCGGGCUCGCGAUGGCGAGCAGGACCAAAAACAACAAAAAAUACAACGAGCAGCGGAGCCACUUCAAGUUCGGCAGCGACGGCGGGGGCGGGGAGGACGCGAGUAGAGGACUGCUGCAGCUAGAUCUCAGCAAGAAGCAAGAGGCCCACCACCGCGUCUACAAUUCCGACCGGGUCUUCGACUGUCUCCGGGACGAGGAGCGGUUCCUCAACGUAGACAACCGCCGGGUGCGCGGCGAGAUGCACUCCGAGGAAAAUUGGGCCAGCAGUGAAAUCCACCCCUUUAUGAACAAAAACAGCCCGAAAACAAGAGAGGGGUCGGAGUUGGGGGCAAUCAAGCCGGGAGGUGCACCUCCCGGGCGCGGCGCCGGUGCCCCGGUUAGUCUGUCAUCGGGCGGCCGCGAUCCCAACUUCCGGCGAAUGUUCCGCAAAACGGACUUCUACCACGGAUACUCGUAGAAGAAACCGCGCAGUUCUAUUGGCCUGGUUGCGGUUUUGUUUUCUCCCCCCGAAGUAGAUCCCUCCUGUUAUCCUUUCUUUAAGUCCUUAAUGAGAAAAAUCAGAGUCAAAUGUGAAAGACUCGCGGCUAGGCAACGGUGUUGGUCGAAGAAAGAAGAACUUUCGAAAGGGGAAAGAAGUAUUUCGAGCACUCAAGAAGUUUAUUCAAGUCAGUGCACUUGACGAAGUCGAACAGUGCACGCCCUUUUACU